AUGAACCGUGAAGACUAUACCGUCGGCUGGCUCUGCGCCAUAAAGACAGAAUAUGUUGCUGCACAAGUUUUCCUCGACGAGAAGCAUGAAGCACCGGAAUACAUGCCUCCAAAUGACCACAACGAUUAUACCUUAGGGAAACUCGGGAGGCAUAAUGUUGUUAUUGCCGUCUUGCCUAACGGUGAGUAUGGACUAUCUAGUGCAACAAGUAUCGCAAGGGACAUGUUGCAUAGCUUUCCGAAUGUCAGAAUAGGUCUCAUGGUUGGCAUUGGCGGCGGAGCACCAAGCUUAAAGAACGACAUUCGUCUUGGCGAUGUUGUCGUUAGUGUUCCCCGCGGCGGGAUGGGCAGCGUAUUUCAAUACGACUUCGGCAAAGCGAUACAAGAUCAAAGCUUUUUGCCAACCGGGUUUUUGAAUGGACCGCCAACAGUCCUGAGGACGGCGGUAAGUGGCCUUGAAGCCCAGUACGACAUACAAGGGCAUAGCCUCAGAGAAAGCAUCAAUAUCGCCCUCGACGCCAAUCCUAGGCUGCGGAGGAAGUAUAGUCGGCCGGAUGAAAGCACAGAUCGAUUAUAUCGAAGCGACGUCAUCCACCCUUCAACAAAUGAAGCAAGCUGCGCAGUCGUAUGUCGCAGUGAUCCAUCGAGCUUGGUUAUGCGACCCCCACGGGCUGCGUAUGAUGAUGAUCCAGCAAUUCACUAUGGCCUGAUUGCGUCUGCGAACCAACUGAUGAAGGAUGCUUGGAUUCGGGAUAAGCUUGCAGCCAGAUAUAAUGUAUUGUGUUUUGAAACUGAGGCGGCCGGGCUGAUGAAUCAUUUUCCGUGUCUGGUUAUUCGGGGCAUUUGCGACUACUCGGAUACGCAUAAGAAUAAAGAGUGGCAAGGAUACGCUGCAAUGUCGGCAGCCGCGUACGCGAAGGAUCUACUUGCUCGAAUUCUUCCCAUCAAGGUUGAGGCCGAGAUGAGGAGAAUCGAUGCUUUCUCAGGUAUACCAGGAGCGGUUACAAGUGGCCAAGAACGUGACGCUAUUCUCGACUGGCUUACGCCAAUCGACUAUGACACCCAGCAGAGGGACUAUCUCAGGAGUCAAGAGCCUGGGACGGGGCAAUGGAUCUUAGACUCGGUGGAAUACCGGACUUGGCUGGAAAGACCAGCUCAAACGCUCUUCUGUCAGGGUAUGCCUGGAGCAGGGAAGACAGUCCUCGCAUCUGUGGUGGUUGACAGUCUUAUCACGAGCAUUCGUCGAGAUUCAGACGUUGGCGUUGCGUACAUAUACGGCAAUUUUCGUCGGCAGCGGGAACAGCAAGCCGACAGUUUACUUGCAAGUCUCCUGAAACAGCUAACCCGGGGUAGAUCGUCCAUGCCGAAUUGCGUACGAGCCCUUCACGGCCAGCACAUAAAUACACGGACUCGGCCGUCAUUGGAGGGUAUGUCGACAACACUCCAGGCUGUAGCAGCCAUGUAUUCAAGAACAUUCAUUGUGGUAGACGCGCUUGACGAAUGUCAAAGUUCUGAUGGGUAUCCGAGGAGACUUAUCACAGAAAUUCUCAGUCUCGGUGACAAGUCUGGAGCCAACAUUUUUGUAACUUCAAGAGCCAUUCCAGGAAUAACCAAGUGGUUCGAGGGAAGCAUUCAGCUGGAGAUAUGCGCAACGAGAGAAGACGUGCAAACAUUCCUAGACAGCCAUCUCGAUCAACUGCCACACUUCGUCCAUGACAACCCAGAACUGCAAGACGAAAUCAAGACAAGGAUUGCCCAGUCCGUACAGGGAAUGUUUCUCCUUGCCAAACUUCACCUAAACUCACUCUGUGGGAAACCAUCUGCCAAAGCCAUCAAAACUGCCCUUGCAAAACUACCAAAUGCAGGAUCGAAAGCGUACGACCACGCGUAUGAGAACGCAAUGGAACGAAUCGGACAUCAGAUCGAGGACAGGCAGAAACUUGCCAUGCGAGUUCUGUCAUGGAUCACCUGUGCGAAAAGACCACUAACCGCAACAGAACUUCUACAUGCCCUAGCAGUGGAAUUGGGGACCCUGGAACUGGACCUGCAGAAUCUUCCAACUAUUGAAGACAUAAUUUCCGUGUGUGCUGGGCUGGUCAUUGUCGAAGAAGGCACCAGUAUUACUCGAUUAGUCCACCACACGACCCAUGAAUACUUUGAACGGACGCAGGGAGCUUGGUUUCCAAAUGCAGAGGAGGAUAUCACAGCCACCUGCACUUCCUAUCUCUCUUUUAGUGUUUUCGGCAACGAAUUGUGCCAAGAUGAUGACGAGUUUGAGAAGAGGAUACAGUUACAUCGGUUUUACGACUAUGCUGCGAAAAACUGGGGGCAUCAUGCUCGUAGUAUUAAUACUUUGUGCUUACCACAAGAAGUCAUAGACUUCCUCGAAUGCGAGACCAAGGUAGAGGCGUCUGUACAGGCACUGAUGUCACCCCAGCCUCCGAGGAGACACCCAAAUUAUAGCCAACAGUUUCCCAGGGAAGUGUCCGGACUGCAUCUGGCCGCGUACUUUGGGGUCCAGCAAGCAGUGGCGUACUUACUAAGGGGGUCGCCCCUAAACAUGAGGGAAACAGUUGGUCGGACGCCGCUUUCUUACGCCGCGAGCAACGGGUACGAUGUGGUAGUCAAGCUACUUUUAGCUGAAGACGGGGUUGAAACCGACACCAAGGAUAAGAAUGGCCAGACGCCGCUGUUGUUGGCUGCCAGAAACGGACACAGAGCAGUGGUUGAGCAGCUUCUGGCCACACAAGAGGUUGACGCCAACACAAGGGACAAGGACGGCCAAACGGCUCUAUUAUGUGCGGCGAUGAAUGCGCAUGAAGAAGUGGUUAGACAACUGCUCGCCACCCCUGGCGUUGACGUCAACGCAAGCGACUAUUACGAGCAGACGGCGCUGUGGUGGGCGGUCCGUAAUAGGAACGAGGCGGUCGUGAUGCUACUUGUCAACGACGAUGAUGUCGAGGUUAAUGCCAAAAACCACUAUAAUCAAACACCGCUGUGGUGGGCAACGUGCAACAAGGACGAGGCGGCAGUUAACCUCCUACUUAAGAAAGACUCCAUCGAUGUUGGUGCAAUGGACAAAUUCGGCCAGUCGCCGCCGAUUCUCGCAGCCCAGAGGGGGUAUAAGACGGUGGUUGAGCUACUGCUUGCCACAGGAUCUGUCAAUAUCAAUGCUACGGACUAUGAUGGCCGGACGAUCUUGUGGUGGGCAGCUGAGAAUGGCAAUGAGGCGGUAGUUCAACUGCUGCUGAGCGAGAUGGAUAUCAACGUCAAUUUCAAAGACAAGAACGGGCAAACGCCACUAUUUGUUGCGACUCAAAAGGGGCACGAGGCGGUGGUAGAGCUGCUGGUUACUACCAAUGGCGUUGAUAUUGACGCUGCGGACUAUUACGGCCAGACGCCGCUACACUGUGCCGCCAAGGAAGGGAACGAGUCAAUCGUGAAUCUCUUACUCGAAGACAGCGUCGGCAUUGAGGCUCGGGAUUGUUACGGCCAAACACCGCUCUUUUACGCCGCUGAGAAGGGGAAUGAGGCAGUGGUUAAGCUGUUGUUGAGUAAAAGGGGCAUCAACGUCAAUGCGAAGGAUGACUACAAUCAAACACCGCUAUGGUCGGCAGUAUUAAAUGGAAACAGGAAAGUUGUCCAGCUGCUUCUUGAUGAACAUUGCGUUGAUCCCAAUGCUAAGAAUGAAUUUAGCCAAACGCCGCUGCUAUGGGCAACGCGUAAUGGGAACGAGACCAUGGUUGAGUUGCUCCUUGCAACUGAUCGGGUCGAUGUCAACGCUCAGGACCAUGUUGGUUGGACACCGCUGUGGUGGGCGACUGAGACGAGAUAUGGAAAAGUCCUCCAACUACUCCUCGCCAUUGAUGGCGUUGACGUUGAUGCCGUAGACAAGAAUGGUCAGACACCGCUCUUAUACGCGAGUGUGCAAGGUUACGCCGCUGUGGUCCAGCAGCUGCUCGACAAAAACGGCGUGAAUGUUAAUGCUACCGAUAAGAACGGUCAGACUCCGCUGUUCUUGGCUUUACGGUAUAGUCAAAGGGACGUGUCUUCAAUCGAUUUGGAAAACGAAAGCGGUAUCAGGGGAAACCGAUAUAAACACUUCGACAAACGACUGACAACCAAAGAAGGCACCGAGGUUAACAACGAGGAUAAGGCUAGGCAGCGGCCGCGGCUAUGGGCAGCCAAGGAGGAGUACGAGUCCGUUAUCAACCAGCUGCUUGCCACAAAGAACAUUAAUAUUAACACAAAGGAUAAAGACGGCCAAACGCCGCUCUUUUGGGCGACCAAGAAGGGGUACGAGUUUGUUGUGAAGAAGUUGCUAGCUCAAAGUAACAUCGACGUUAAUGCGACGGACUAUUACAAUCAAACACCACUGUGGUGGGCGGUCAGGAACGGGGAUAUAUCUAUAAUUGGCUUGCUGCUUUCUCAAGACGAUGUCAACGUCAACUCGAAAAAUGCGUUUGGUCGGACGCCGUUGUGCUUAGCGGUUGAGAUGGGAAACGAGGCCGUGGUCAAGCAAUUAUUAUCCAAAAGAGGCGUCGAUUGUAACGCCAAGGGUGCUGACGGCCUGCCUCUAAUCUGGUCAGCCGUGAAGAAAGGGAACGAGACAAUUAUCAAGCUGCUUCUCGCGAGUGGCGAUACUGACGCCAACGCCAGGAACAAUCACGAUCAGACGCUAUUACUAUGGGCAGCUCAAUACAGGAAUGAGGCGCUUACGAAGUUUCUUCUUGAUAAAUGUGAUAUCGACGUCAAUGCUAGGGACUACUAUGGUCAGACGCCACUAUUAUGGGCAGCCCGGAAUGGGAACGAGACAAUACUUAGACUAUUACUCUCUGCGGAUACCAUCGAUGCCAAUAUCAAGGACUGCCAAGGCCAACCGGCGCUAUGGUGGGCGGCCGCUAAUGGAACCGAGACGAUCAUCACGCUGCUUCUUGGUAAGCAUGGUAUUGAUGUUAAUGCCAAGAACAAGUUCGGGCAGACACCACUACAUUGGGCAACCCGCAACGCAAACGAAGUUGCCGUCAAGCUGCUACUCCGCGAGGCCAGUAUUGAUAUCAACGCCAAGAAUCAGAGCGGCCAAACGCCUCUAAUACUGGCUUUAAAUUUCCGUGAGAAAGUUGGGCAUACGGGCGGCGAGGAAAACAGAUAUGGUGAAAAGGACGAAAAGUACAUGCCCAUCAUCAAGCUGCUCCUGGCUGGAGGUAGGAGUGGCAUCAACGACAAAGACGCAGGCGGUAAUACGGCCCUGUGGCAUGCAGUCACGAACCGGGACAAGAUGGUGGUCAAGCUUCUCCUCGGUACAGAUGGCAUUAAUGUCAACUGUAAGAACCGCCAUGGCCGCACGCCUCUUUUGUGCGCGACUUGGAACAGGGACCAGAAGAUGGUCAAGUUGCUUCUCAGUAGAUCUGACACCGAUGUCAACGUUAGAGACUAUUCCGGUUGCACCCCUCUGUGGUAUGCAGUUGUGGCAAGAGAUAGAUCAAUGGUCGAGCUGCUUCUCGGUACGGAAGGCGUCGAUGUCAACUCCAAGGAUAACUAUGGUCGAACGCCGCUAAUAUGUGCGACUCGCGGCGGCGACCAGGUGAUAAUUCAACUACUCCUCUCCUCGGAAGACGUAGACGUCAAUACAAGGGACCGCUAUGGUGCGACGCCGCUACUCUAUGCAGCCGCUUGCGGGCGAGAGGCGCUGGUGAGAUCAUUGCUAGGCGAAGAUGGCUUCGAUGUUGGCAAUGGCACCGCGGUUGAGCUACCUCCCUCCGCAGUUGGUAUUGAUCCCAACGCCAAAGACCGUUACGGCCAGACAGCCUUGUUGCUGGCGGCUGAAAAGGGACACGACGCAGUGGUCAAGAUACUCCUACGUCAGAAUGAAGUCGAUGUAAAUGCCACGACUUGUCAUGGUGCAACGCCGCUCUAUCGUGCAGUGGCUGGCGGGAACGAGACGAUUGUCAAGCGACUGCUGGCUCAAGAUGGAGUCAACGUCAAUGUGAGAUGCUCUUAUGGUCUAACACCACUUAUACAAGCGACCAUGAAUAUGAACGAGGCGUUAGUGCGACUGCUUCUUGCCACAGAGAAUGUUAAUGUCAAUGACGUGGAUAUCUACGGCCGCACGCCGCUGUGGUAUGCCUGCGCCGAUACGCACGAGGCCGUAGUUAAACUGCUGCUUGCUCAUAAUGACAUUGAUGUCAACGCCAAGGAUUACAAGGGUUGGGCGCCAUUGUGUUGUGCGGCUGCUCAUGGACACGAGACGGUUAUCCAGCUCCUGCUUUGUGUAAAGGACGUAGAUACAAACAUCGCAGACGACUGCGGUCAAACACCACUGUGGUGGGCGAUUAAGCACGGCAACGAUGCAGUGGUCAAGCUACUUCUCACGAAUAGCGACGUUGACGUCAAUGUCAAGAAUAAGUUGGGCGAAACGGUGCUACUUCUUGCAGUCGAGAGCGAUGACGAGGCGCUGAUUCGAGUAUUACUCGCAAGAGAUGGCAUUGACAUUAACUGCAAGGAUAAACACGGACAGUCUCCAUUGCACUCAUCCUCAAGGAACGGACAUGCCAGACUAGUCAAGCUGCUUCUCGCAAAAGACGGCAUCGAUAUCAACUGCAAGGACGAAAACGGAUGGACGCCAUUGAACUUGGCCUCGCAGAACGGCCAUAUCAGAGUGGUCAAAAUAUUGCUUGACGGUGGUGCCGACACGGCAGCUGCAAGUAGCAACGGAUGGACUCCGUUGGACUCGGCUUUGCAGAAUUCACAGAGCGGAAUAGUCAAGUUGCUUCGCGGCAAGGGCGCUGACUAUCCAAGUUGA